AUGACGAUUGUAGUCGGUAAUACGGAAUUUGGAGCUGUUCCUUAUGGAUGUCCCAUAGAGGGUAUUGGAGCUGGUGCGUGUAUUGUCAACAGACAGGAGUGCAUGGAUUGGAAGAACAAUUCUGAGGGGGAAUUUGAAGAGCAGAUACUGUUGGAAUCCUCCAAGAUUCACCAUGUCUACUUUCCGGUUCGGAAAUCUCACGAUAAUUCCCAAACUGCUAAGAUUGUCCAGAAGGAACAUUUGAAUGCCUCAACAGUUUUCUGGUUUCCUGGCGACUUGCUGCCAGGAAACAAGAUGAAAGACUAG